UGUGGGUUCAACCAUGGACAAUUUUGAUGCAAUUGAAGAAGUGAGCAACCAGUUGCAGGCAAGAACGGGGCGGGGCCGCCGGAAAUAUGACGAAAACACGGAGUUCAAGUCGAAGAACUUAGAAGCUGAGAGGAAGAGGAGGAAGAAGCUCAGUGAAAGGCUCAUAUCUCUACGUGGAGUAGUCCCAAUUAUCACAAAUGCAAUCACCUUACCUCUAUAAAACUCUCUUUUAUUUCUUUCUUUCUUUCUUUCUUUCUUUCUCAAGAUAUGAAAAUUUUGUGGGAUUUCAGAUGAAUAAAGCAACAAUUCUCAGUGAUGCUAUUACUUACAUUGAGGGGUUACAAGAAGAGGUGAAGGGUCUCAGUGAGAAGCUUCAAGAGAUGGAAACAAUGUCUGAAAAGAAUAUGGGAAGCAUGGAUGAUACUGCACAAGUGACUGAGAAAUGCAAGAUAGAGAAAGAUGUUCAGGUGAGUGGUUUAGAAGGGAACAAGCUGUGGAUUAAGAUAAUUUGUGAGCACAAGAAAGGGCUGUUCAAUGCAGUCAUGGAAGCAAUGGAUUCUAUUGGUUUUGAAGUCAUUGACACCAACCUUACCACCUCUAAAGGGGUAAUUCUGAUCUCAUUUUCUGUUCAGGGGACGCAUGUUGAUGGGUUUGUAAUUGAGCAGAUGAGGGAGUUUUUCAUGGAGAUGAUUAGAGAAUUCUAA